CACUUCUAGAACACCGAUGCUCAUAGCCGAUGGAGGGAAAUUUGCAGAUGUCAGCUGUCAUAAAUGUGGUGGGGCAGUCUAUAUAGGGAGAACACAUGGACAUGCUGACGACCUUCCCAGAGCUCAUUCCAGUGAAUAAACAAGCUUCAAUAUACACUGGCUACAUCAACAUCAAUAAUGAAGACUAUAGAAUCCAUAUUGAAUUACCAGAGAGAAAAACCCUUGAAGAGCUCCAGUUUUCUUGUGACUGGAAACUUCAGCAACUACUACAUGGAUACACAGCCAUCCUAAAACAGAGGCUGAGGCAGUGUACCUCCCUUUGCCAGUACUUACUGGAGGUGAAAAGUCUAGUGGAAAGACAGUUAGAAGGAAGGCACUUGGUCAAGCAGGGAGGAAACAGCCAGGUGUGUGCACAACUCCUAGGGGAGGUGGAGAAGCUGGGAUGGGACAGGUUGGUGUCUAUUGAUUCCAAGUUUCAAACACUUGAGCUUCAAUGUAAAGAUAAAAAGGGGAGACAACACAUUCUGAAGGUCACUUUAAGUCCACAACAUCCACGCCUCGCCCCAAAGUGUGUAGUUGACCUGCCUGGCCAGUUUCAGGUGCAGUGGAAGUCUACAAGCAGUCUGGAGUGGCUGUACCAGCAGUUUGAGCUGGCUGUGGACAUGUACCAGGACUUUAUAGAUGUCAUGGAAGAAUUAGAUAAGAACACAUGGAUCCUAGAACCAGAGAAACCUGUGUACAGUGCCACCUACAGGAGAAUAGCAGUAUCUACUAAUGCAUCACUACAGAUCAGCGUUGACCACCGCCACCCCAGAAUGUUACCAGAGUGUAGAUUUCUCGGUGCUGAUAAUGCUGUUGUUCCUCUGCGAGAAAGUCUUAAUUCAAAUCUCCAUCUGUGGGACGAACAGAAAGGUUUGUUGGAGAAUCUACAGUCACUGCUGGGAACAGAGUUACCCUCUCCUGCCACGUCAAACAAAGAGGAGUUCAGUGUUGAGUGUGGGAUAUGUUAUUCCUAUAGACUGGAUACAGAGCUUCCCAACGAGGCGUGUAGUGAUGCUCGCUGUGGACAGCCCUUCCAUCAAACCUGUCUCUAUGAGUGGCUGAGAGCCUUACCAUCCAGUAGACAAAGCUUCAACACCAUAUUUGGGGACUGUCCAUAUUGUAGUAAGCCAAUAAAAGUGAAGAUGCCUGUGAAGAGGUGACGGACAGUGUGGUCAUCCUAUGGUGUACUUUAUAAAGAACAUCAACGUGGCAGCAAGCUUGGUCUAUUGGGAUUCAAAUGUGCAAUGAUGUGCCCCAGUUGAUCUACAAUUUGUACCUUUAUUGUUAUUGCUGUAAAGUGUUUGUGACAUUGUUAAAUGCCAUGGCACAGCAUUCAUUGAUCCUAUUGGCAAACUUUUUUUUUACGUUAUGUUUGAAGCAAUCUUUGAUCAAAACAUCAUAUGCAUCAUGGUUGGAAGUUGGAAGGGGGUCCUAAAAGUGGCAAUUUUUGAAAUUUUUCUAUUUGGUUGUAUCAAAGAUUUGUUACCAGCUACCUAACACUUCAUAUUUAUUGUUAUCCCCUCACAACAGAUGUGCAGAAGGUAUACAUGUAGUAGUGCUUCCAUCUGUUGGUCAUUCAGUAGGGGUUUCCAACCUUUUGAGCAUGUAUAGUGCACAGGUCAUUUAUCCUGUCACACUCAAACUUGGAUUGUCUGCCAUGUCAGUGGAUGUUUUGGAAUCAAUGCCAUAAGACGAAGUUAUUUGGCCACUACCGGUAGUAGUCCUUCAGGUGUGGAUCUGUGUAUACCUGGUGAUAAAUAUGACUUGAAAUUUUGGGUGAUCAUUUUCAAAUAGCCCAUUCUUUCCCAUUUGGCUGUCAUUAGCUCACCUGGCCCGAAGGUUCAAGUGAGCUUAUGGCAUGGUGCGGCGUCCGGCGUCCGGCGU